AUGUCCGUCAAGUACACCUCAGUGGAAGAUAUCCCACUGAUUUACCAGGACCUGCGGAGGGCAUUCCGUACCGGGAAGACCAAAUCCGUUGCCUUCCGCAAGCAACAGCUGUUGAAUCUGUGUUAUCUCGUUCAAGACAACUGGGAGCGCAUCAAGGAUGCUUUCAUGUCCGACCUGGGACGUCCACGCGAGGAGUCCGAGUUGCUCGAGCUGAAUGGCACGCUCAUGGAACUGAAGGAGGCAUACGACAACGUUGAGAAGUGGGCGUCCCCCGAGAAAGCCCCGUUCUCAUGGCUGUGGUUCGCCAUGUCUCCCGUGAUGAGAAACGAGCCGAAAGGCGUCGUGCUACUGAUCAGCCCUUCAAUUACCCGCUGUACCUCCUUCUCUGCCCACUGGUGCGACUUUUUGUCGGGCGCUAUAGCCUCUGGGAAUGCAGUGCUGAUGAAGCCCUCGGAGCUCUCUCCGGCGAUGGCUGCGUUGCUCACCGAGCUCAUUCCGAAGUAUCUUGACCCGGAAGUGUACCGAAUCGUGAAUGGUGGUAUUCCGGAGACGACGAAGAUCCUCGAACUCCCGUUCGACCACAUUCUGUACACGGGAGGAGGUGGCGUUGCACGAGUCGUUCUCGCAGCGGCAGCGAAACACCUCACUCCGGUGACAUUGGAGCUCGGAGGGAAAUCGCCAUGUGUUAUCGACCCGCGGUGCGAUGUCAAGACGGCGGCGAAGCGCAUCAUGUGGGGGAAGCUCAUCAACGGUGGCCAGCUCUGCCUGUCGCCGGACUACGUCCUCGUUCCGGAAUGGUUCCAGGACACCUUCGUCGAGGCGCUCAAGAACGCAUACUACGAGCUUCACCCGGUCGACCCCGAGGUGUCCGGGCAAGUCACGAGGAUGGUGAACGAACGCCAUGCGGCGCGGGUCAAGUCGCUCAUCGACAAUACGAAGGGCACCAUCGUCUUUGGUGGCAAAGUCGAUUUGCAGAGCAAAUACGCAGCGCCGGCGCUGAUCAAGGAUGUCCGCGGAGACGACUCUUUGAUGAGCGAGGAGCUCUUUGGACCAUUCCUUCCGGUCGUACCUGUGAAGGAUGUGGAUGAGGCCAUUGAGUUCAUCAAUGAACGUGACCAUCCAUUGAACGUUUAUGUCUUCACAAACGACGCGGUCUUCAAGGAGAAAGUCUUCAGCAAUACCCAGAGCGGAACGGCAGCCGCCAAUGAUACUAUCUUGCAUGUCAUGGCGGAAGGAAUGCCGUUCGGUGGUGUCGGAGCUAGUGGCACCGGUUACACAACGGGCAAGUAUGUCUUCGACACGUUCACGCACAAGCGCUGCACAAUGGAUGCCCCGAACUGGCUGGAUUCGGCGCUGAUGGCGGCGCGCUACACCCCGUAUAAUAAGGGCGCGUUGCGCCGUCUCAACUGGCUCUUCUCGCGCUCGCUGCCUCCACGCGAUGGAAGCAUGCCGCUGGCGAAGAAGCUGUGCUACAGUGCUAUCAUUGCCCUGGCCGGCCUUUCUGCGCUGUGGUUGACGUUGACGGGCAAGUUGACCGCACGGCUGCCGUUACUGCUUUUGCAGAGAUCGUGA